ACCGACGAUUGAUGGCAACCCAAGUCUGGGGAAGCGACGGUGGCGCCGCCCUUCAGCUGACCGCAGGCACUCCGACUGAAGCUUACUCCAACUUUCCACCUAAAUUCUCCAACAUGGCUGCCCACAUUGCUCCUGCCUGCACGCCCAUGACUGACUUGGUGGGCAGCGUCAUGACCCACCAGACCGGAUCACGCUGUGCAGAUUUUGAGAUGCGCGCGAUGGAGUGUCUGGAGGCAUAUGGCGUGCAGCGGGGAAGAGUGCGAUGUGUUGAUUACCUGGACGAUCUGAGGGAAUGUACCUUCAAGAUCAAACAGCUUGCCCGAGUGAGUGAGAUGCGGAUUGAGCGUCACCGCCAGUGGCUCGUGGGAGAAAGAUCAAGUGAAGACCACUACGCACCACCAGCAAGGAGUGAUGCAUAUUAGCAGUAUUUUUCAUAGGAAAA